UACGGAACCAUUUCAACAGAGCGCCUCUUCGCUGCCAUUGGUUGUUAUUUGUUUGCUUUGAAACGGACGGCGCAACAGAGCUGCGGAACAAAAAUAUCAAUCGUUUACUUUGCAUUUUAAACAAUUUUCUGAAAGAGAAUACAUUUAUAACACCCAUAAGCGCCAUAAUGUUGUACUCUGCUGCAAUUCAGACCAACCCCUCUGUCAACAUGGAAGCAGAAGUUGAGUUCCUGCGUGAUCAAGUCGACAGGUUAAAUUCUGCUUUAAGCCAGUACCAGCAUGGUCGCCACAAUCAAUCAACUUCAUCUCGGGUUGAGGGGGAAAGACCAGCCGGGUCUCCAACACACUGGAUUGCAGACAGAAGUAUGAUGGCUCCUCUGAUAGCAGAGUAUGAUCAACAUGUGGAUGAAAUGACGGAGAAGCUGCAGCGAUACCAGGCCCAAAUGGCAGAUGUCAAAGCAAAGUUGGAGAGGGUUGUCAAAGAAAAUGAAAGGCUGCAUGCUGAGCUAAGGGAGUCUGUGGAGAAGCAGCUGCAUGCUCUGCCCAUGGCCUCAGGACUGGAGGGCAGCUCACAGGAGGAGGAAGCAGUCAUCAGAAACCUCCAGGAGCAGAUCCAGCUGUCUGAGCAGGAGCGGGCUCAGGCCAUGGAGUUGUGGCAGGCGGCAGCUCUGGAGCUGGACCGCCUCCAGCAGGUCUACCAGAAGACCAUAUCGGAUGGACAGAUUCAUGAUGCUCAGAGACAACAGCUCAAGGAUCAGCUUGUUCAGUUCCAGCAGCACUCACACAAACUCCAAGUCACCAAUCAGAAAUUGGAAUCGACCAACCAGCAGCUUCUCAAGACAGUAACAGAGCAAAGUACAGAGAUGGAGCAACUACACAUCCAGCUCAGGCAAACUAAGGCAGAACUGAGGACGGCCACAGCCAAAGUGGAUGAGCUCACCAAAUUAUUGCAGAAUGUCCAAGACAAGAUGCAGAGAUGGGAGGAGGAUGUAGUGCAGUCCCGGGGCAGAGAGGAAGCGGCCGACAGACGGCGCCAACAGCUCCAGGCAGCCUUGAGCCAGCUAGAGACCAGGCUAAAGGUUACAUCUCAAGAGGCAGAGUCCUUUCGCAGAGAGCAAGUGGUGUGGGAGAGAAAACUGGGUGAACUCCAGGCACGUUGCACCACCGUCGAAGAAGAGAAGUAUGAGACCAUGGACAAAUUACGAGAGAGUAUUCAGAUGGCUGAGGAAGCUGCACUGCAAAAGGACCAGGCCUUGUUAAGAGAGAAACAGAAGAUAGAAGAACUAGAGAAGACAAAGGAGGCCAUCAAACAGUUGAUCCAGGAUGCUGCAGUCCACACCAGAAAAGCGGUAGGAAAUGUGCGCAAGCAGUGUAAUGUUCAGAUCCAACGUAUGGCUGAGGAGCUGACUGCACUACAGCUGGAGUGUGCAGAUAAAGAGUCUCAGAUUGAAAGGUCUAUGCGCGAGAGGAAAGCUGUAGAGGAGGAACUGGAGAAGGUGUAUAAGGAGGGCAGGGCAGAACCAGAGUUCAGGAAGAUUGAUGCUCUUCAUCAGAGGUGUCUGAAUGCAGAGAGGAUGAAGGAAGACAUGAGCCUCACUCUGCAAAGCACCCAGAACAAACUAAAAAAAAUGGACAUGGACUAUAGUGAGAAACUAUCCCGGUGCCAAGAGGAAGUGCAGCGGUUGCAGGACUCUCUGGCUGCAGCCAGGGACGACUGUGUUGGCAUCAGCGAGGAGCGGCUCCAACUGCAACAAGAGAACUUGCAGCUCCGCAGGGAAAUGGAUGAGCUGCGCAAAGCCACACUGCUGGUCCAGAAGAAGGCCAAACAGCAAGUGUCACAGAUGGAGCAUGAGUAUAGCCUAAAGGAGCAGGGACUUGAAGCGCGGGUGAGGGAGCUGGAAGAGAGCAGCCGGAGCUCCACUGUUGAUCUGACACGCCUCCUUACAGCGCAGCAGAAAAGCAGUCAGCGCUGGAAGGAAGAGUCUAAAAACCUGGUCCAGGCCUUUGAGACUAAAACUGCUGGCCUCAAGGCAGAGCUGAGUCGACAGAAGCAGCGCUCACACGACCUAGAGUUGCAGCUUGAAACAAAUCAUAAUACCAUUUCCGAGUACGAGAGACGGCUUGUAGAGCAUCAAGAGAAGUCCACUCGUCUCCAGAGACGACUGACACAAGCUGAACAAAGGGCAGCCACUGCUGCGCAACAGCUGAAUCUACUAGCAUUGCAAAGAAGAAAAACCUCCACUAAUGAUUUAGACACUGAAUAAAGUUUACUAGUCCAAACUAUGUCAUAUUUUGUUUUUUAAUUAUGUCAUUAUUGGCAGCAACAUGUUUAAAU